AGGAACCGCACUCCCGGGCCGCGUCACUCUGAGGAUGGAAAAGAGGGCUAGGAGCUCCUCCAGAGACGCCCACAGGAGAGGCAGCGGCUCCUCUCACAAGGAGAGCAAGAGGGCGAAGACAGACAGGGGCGGCCGGGGCCGCGGGCGCCGGGAUGCCGAGCGGGAGCAGCCGGCUCUCGGGCGGGCAGGGAGCCCGGGCGAGCCCCGAGCGCCGGCAGCCACUGUGGUGGACGUGGAUGAAGUCCGGGGCUCUGGCGAAGAGGGCACCGAAGUGGUGGCGCUGCUGGAGAGCGAGCGGCCCGAGGAAGGUACCAAGUCUUCCAGUUUAGGGGCCUGUGAGUGGCUUCUUGUCCUCACAUCCCUGCUCUUCAUCAUCGUGACCUUCCCUUUUUCUAUCUGGUUCUGCAUAAAGGUUGUACAGGAGUAUGAGAGGGUAAUUAUAUUCCGACUGGGACAUCUGCUUCCUGGAAGAGCCAAAGGCCCUGGCCUUUUCUUCUUUUUGCCCUGCCUGGAUACCUACCACAAGGUUGACCUUCGUCUCCAAACCUUGGAGAUACCCUUUCAUGAGAUUGUAACCAAAGACAUGUUUGUGAUGGAGAUAGAUGCCAUCUGCUACUACCGCAUGGAAAAUGCCUCUCUUCUCCUAAGCAGUCUUGCUCAUGUGUCCAAAGCUGUCCAAUUCCUUGUGCAAACCACCAUGAAGCGUCUCCUAGCACAUCGAUCCCUCACGGAAAUUCUUCUUGAGAGGAAGAACAUUGCUCAAGAUGUAAAGGUUGCCUUGGAUGCAGUGACCUGUAUUUGGGGAAUCAAAGUGGAGAGAACAGAAAUUAAGGACGUGCGCCUGCCGGCCGGGCUGCAACACUCAUUGGCGGUGGAAGCUGAAGCCCAGAGGCAAGCCAAAGUGCGGAUGAUCGCUGCAGAAGGGGAGAAGGCCGCCUCCGAGUCCCUGAGGAUGGCGGCCGAGAUUCUAUCAGGCACGCCAGCUGCUGCUCAGCUUCGGUACCUGCACACCCUUCAAUCCUUGUCCACAGAGAAACCUUCCACAGUGGUCUUACCUUUGCCAUUUGACUUGCUAAAUUUCCUGUCUUCUCCAAGCAAUAGAACUCAAGGAGGCAUCCCCUUACCAAAUCCUUCCAAACCUGUUGAGCCGCUGAAUCCUAAAAAGAAAGACUCUCCCAUGUUAUAGGAGGAAACAAGGAUCAUGUGACUGCAAAGAGGGCUCCAUAUAACAGCAACAUCCCCGAGCAAGGCCCUCGGUCCUCAGUUCCCGCUCUUUCUUUUGUUGCCAUGUGAAAUGCCCUUGGAAUGCAUGAAGCCCCAGUGCGGCGACACACACAGGAAGACAGUGAAAUCAUGUAAUGACAGAGAAGCCGUGUAUCAUGUUUAGGUGGAUCAUCUGAUCAGAGGAACUGUGGGGAAGAGCUUUAGCCAGCAUUCUACUUUGGAAAGAAUUUUGAGUCUACAUCUGGCUGAAUUUUGACUUCUGAAGAUGUAGUUCAAAUGUCCUUUUCCCUAGAUGCCCUCUAGCCCCUUUGGGAAGGGUUCUGUUGCUCCCACAGCCCUUUCUACAUGCCCCUAUCAUUAUGCUUAUCACACUCUGUUGUAAUCUCACACUUAUGAUUCAGGCUUCUCUCCUACUAUGAACUCCUCAAAAGCACGUCUUAAUAAUUCCCUGUCAUUCCACACUUUAGCUUGUAUGCUCCACCCAAGGUGUUUUGCACCUGACUCUGAUAGCUGCACCACAGUGACACGUCUGUAUUUCUGAGUGAAAGAGAGAGAGAUACUUAUGAGCACAUAUGCCAGUACUUGAGCUGGAUAUAAAAUGUAUACCUAAUUAAAGAAUUUCAAAUGAA